AUGUCUUUGUGGGAAGUGGAGCUUCUGAACAAGCACGCUGUGGUGUCUGUACAGCAGAUGGGCAGCCUCUUCCUGACGGAUUUCACAAAUCCCGCCGCCAGAAAAGUUCAAUUAGAAGACUUUUUGGACAUCACCACCGGCUCUUUGCUUUCUCGCGAGUUGAAAGCCAUUAAUAAGCCUUCAAGUGAAAUAACUUUGGCGAACUUCGCGGGAAAUCCAACGAAAGUUCCAAUUCCAGUCGAUGUGCCCAACUUGCAUGCAGCCAGCAUGAACAUUGCAAAGCUCUGCAGCUGCUGA